AUGCAGGCCUCUACAGACACUUACCGCCAGCCAGACAACCGAGGCGCUUCGUCCAGGCGACUGGCCCAUCUCUCUAUCAGCGACGACAACCGCCAUGUCACGGAGGCUAUUGGAUACAUGUACAAUGAUUCCUACGACGGCAGCUCGACCGGGAGUGGGAGUGGCAGCAGCCAUGGAAACGGAAGCGCGAGCCCGCGAGACUCGAAGCGUCUGAGCUAUCUAUCACAGGAGGAAAACCUCUCGACAAACCCCAUAAACCGAACCAUGGGAGCGUCCUCGUCCGCGUCCUCGUCCGCAACACCCGGCUCAGCCUCGACUUCAGGGCCCGGCAUGAGAAAUAAAGAUCGAGUGCCUAUGCCCGCCCGAACCAGUUCGAUGAACGGCGUCAACGGCCACGGGAGUCCGUCACGACAUACGCUUUCACCCAACGAUAGCCCCGGCCAACUCUCCCCCAGCCUGAGCCAUGCUUCUUCAGAGGGGCCCGUUUCUUUCCCUCUGACGGAUAUAGACUGCCAGUCUGAUCCUGCAACCGUCGCCCAGGAGCUCAGCAACCUCGCUGCCCUUCGUCGAAUGUCUAUGGACGUAGGCUCCAUUGACCCGGAUCUACCUUCGUUUGGCGGUCUCGUGUCCUCAAUAGCCCCUUCUCCCUCCGCAGAUGAGGACGACGCAUCCCGUCUUUUCUGGGUUCCCGCACAUCUUCACCCCGGUCUCGCUCCAAAGGAGUUCAAGUCCUUCCUAGACAGCAAGGCAGAUCAGAUAAAGGGCAGGUCCGGAGAACUCUCGCCCACAGAGGGAGCGGCACUGCUGCAACGCCAGGGUUCCGUAAGCAGCUUGAUGCGCAAAAAGUCGCUGCUCUCGCGCCAGGUGGACAGCUCAAGCAUUGGAAGGGAGGAUUCUAGAGCGUCGAAAAAGCCGAAUCUAGCAGCCCUGUCCGAGGAACCGCGAAACCAGUUUGGGAGCUUUGCUGACGAGGAUGUGCCGAUCCUUCCACCUGCGCCACCAGGUUCUAGUUUGCGCCGUUCCAGGAGGACAACCUACAGAAAGGGAAGCUUGAAGGCCGGCGAACGAGUACCUCAUUCAAGGCGCGCUGCAAGACAGUCCGAUAUAAGCCAGUCGGAGGAUACGGGUGAUAAUGCAAGCAUCAAGCGAUCGUCUACACCCACCAACGAGCCUCCUCCUGUACUAGGCCUAACCAGGGUAUCCACAGAUCCAACAGGAUACGAUAGUAAUGCAACAAACUACUCAAGGCCUGCCCGGCCAAAACCAGUAUCACUCACCCCUUCGACUUUUCCCCCUGCUACAGAGACUGAACCUGAGCUCAACCAUACACCCGCCAGAGACAGUGCACCAUCCCAUACGCAGCAAUGGGCACAACAACCCAGCGAUAAACAGCCUCCUAUCUCACAACACCAUCACUCACUCUCACAGCCACAAUUGCAAACACAACCCGUUGAACCACCCCGGACAGGCUCCUUACGCUCAACGAGCAAUAACAAUACCACCACCACACAGCCGCAGCAACAGCAACAACCGCAGCUAUACAUACCGGAGCGGAACUCAUCACACCACCCACCACCCUCGCUGCCACCUCAAGCUCCACUUCCUCCAGAGCCUACGACAACACGGACGUCGAAGAGAGCAGGGCUUAUUAUACCAACAAAGGAAGCCCCUCCCAUCAGCGAGCCGUUGCCCAAGAUUGUUGCCCCAGCAUCCUCCCAUGUUCAGAGUGUUAUCCAAGAACGUCGAAAAUCCGACGAAAAAGAAAAGGAUAAAAAGAGUAAGAGUAAGAAGGACUCAGAGGUGAAGAAGUCAGGUUGGCAUUGGCGCCGAGGCCCGGCAUCUGAGGAGAAAGAGAGAGAAAAGGAAAAGAAGAAGGAGGAGGAAGCAAGACGCAAGACCUCAAAAUCAUACAGCAAGUCGGAUAAACCUCACGACAACGCCCGUCUUGACCUCCUUCAAACUUCCAUCGACGGACAAUCUCCCGCUAAAUCUAAAGAGAGAGAAAGCCUCAUCCUCGACCGCCCUGACAUUGAAGAAGACCUUCGUCCGUCUCGCAAGGAACAACUUCGCAAAUCCUCCUCUCCUCCUCCUAAAAAGGAGAAAGAACCGUCUCUAUUCUCAUCUAUUUUCGGUGGCAGCAAGAAGAAAUCUGGCUCCCAUGAUUCCCAUUCCCGAAAACACUCCCGCUCACGCGUCCGAUCGCCCUCACCAGACAUCAAAUAUUAUAACCUCAAGGCUGACGUUGACUAUAACUGGACCCGCUUUUCAAUCAUGGAGGAACGUGCCAUAUAUCGCAUGGCACAUCUCAAAUUGGCCAAUCCGCGGAGAGCUCUAUAUUCGCAGGUUCUCCUGAGCAACUUUAUGUACUCAUACCUCGCCAAGGUGCAGCAGAUGCACCCUCACAUGGCACUACCGACCUCGCCAGCCAAACACAAGACUAAGAAGAAAGAUACGCAACAGAGUCAAAAUCAAGGUCAACAAAAGAUGGCAGACGAUCAUUCCCAUUAUCAAGAUGGCCAUGACCAAGACUCAUAUGCAGAAAAUGGAGAUUCGCAAAUGUACGAUUAUGACCUGGACGACGGAUAUGAGCAGUCGCAUCAUUCUUCGAGCCAAGGAUAUGAUUACUCAGAUGGACGAGCUGAGGACCACGAUGGUAUGUGGUAG